AUGGGAAGUUAUCGCUUGGCAAAAGAGUUGGCGAAGGCGGACCAAUGGAGAGCUCGAGAGUUGGAGGAGAGGGAGAGCGAAUGGAACUGCAAGGGGUGGGAGUCGGCGUGGCCGAGGAGGAGCCGUCCCAACGGCGUUCCUUUGGAAUGCUUCGUGGGGGCGGGGGAGGGAUCGGAUCAGGCAUCCGAGGGCGGAAACGGCGUGGGUUGGGCGAGGAGCCUGACCGACGACGACUUGGAGGAGCUCAAGGCGUGCUUGGACCUGGGGUUCGGGUUUACCUACGACGAGAUCCCGGAGCUCUGCAAGACGCUGCCGGCUCUCGUGCUCUGCUACUCAUUGAGCCGGUCGUUGGAAACUAGCACUGCCACCGUCGCUUCGUCUCCUAUUGCCAAUUGGAAGAUCUCCGGUCCUGGUGACCAACCUGAAGAAGUUAAAGCAAGGCUGAAGUUCUGGGCCCAAGCAGUGGCUUGCACUGUUAGAUUAUGCAGCCGAUGGAUUAUGCAGCUGGGGAUAUCUUUGGUGGCAACAAAUUGUUCUCCUUGAUGAUUACUCUCUGCUUCUGCCUUGUUUCUGUUCAUGUCAUCUUAGAUGCUCCACUACUCAUC